UGAAAUGAAAGUGCAGAUGUGAACUUGUUAAAUUUAAGAGAAUCGGGAACUACAAAAUACUUAGUUCAAUGUGAUGUGAGUCAUUUAUUUAACAACAUAGUGGUCAAGCGAUGGGGAAUUAAUUGCAAUAUCCGUUUUAGUUCACAUUAGUCAGUAGAAAAGUGUAGUGUAAAAAGCGGAAUUUUGAAUUAAACUUAUAAAUUUAUGUUUUUCUAUGAAUGUAGCUGACAAUAAACUGCUGUUUUACGGAAAUUGAAUGGAAAAAAAGGUUUAAAUCAUAAUCAACAAUGGAGAACAACAAACAAGAAGUGGAAGACAUGUCAGAAACCGAAGAAAGUGGAGACUACCACGAAAAUUCUGCAAACAGGCCCAGUUUGGGAUCUAUAGGAUCAGAUGGGGAUUAUGAUGAUGAAUUGGGGGUACCUGCUUCUAUUAAAGUUGUGGACAUGGGUGAUGGGCCUGUAGCUAUUGAAAACUCAGAUGAUGAAGUUGAAGAUGAAAGAACCGAACGCAUUGGAUAUAAGUCGCUGCACGACUACAAAAAGUUUACUGCCAUAGAUAGAACUGUCUUUAUUCCAGGGGUCGAUAUAACUGUAGCAAUAACGGAUUAUGAACGAAAUUUGACGUCCCACAUGCUCAAUCCGAAUCUAUAUACGAUUUCUAUCGUCCACGCCAACUUUCAUUGGCAAAUCAAAAAAAGAUACAAACAAUUACAAUCGUUACACCAACAGUUGAUUCUGUUUAGAACUGGCUUAAAUAUACCCUUGCCGACAAAAACGCACAAGAACAAAAGAAAAUCUCUCAAAAUCACUAGGAAAAAGUCGAAAGGCAGCAAAAGAAAAAUGGCCCUACCGCGGUUUCCUAAAAAACCGGAGGUUUUAGUAACUUACGAUCGAAUCGGUAAUAGAAUGAAACAAAUCGAAAGUUAUUUAAACAACUUACUAUCAAUACCGAUUUACAGGAAUCACCCUGCUACCAUAGAGUUUUUGGAAGUAUCUCAUUUAUCAUUUGUUGAAGGACUGGGACUGAAAGGUAAAGAGGGGUUUGUUAAAAAGCGAACGGGAAGUACACACCCCGGACAAACUGGGUGUAUUUUCUUCGGAUUGUGCCACUGUUUUUGUUGCGUAAGGUUGCAACACAUCACUCACGAUCUGAUGUGUACGCGAUACGUAAAACGUUGGUUCUUUGUGAAAGAUACCUAUUUCGGUUACAUCAAUCCAGACACGGGACGGAUCAAGGCGAUCGUUUUGUUCGAUCAGGGAUUCGAAGUAGCGGCCGGAUUAUACGCUACUGGAAACAAAAACGGUUUUCUGAUUCAGACUUUAAGCAGAGAGCUCAGAUUCAAGUGUUGGACCAGGAGGAAAAAUAAAGAAUGGACGGAUCAUUUGAAAGAAAUCGCCGCUACUACAGCUAGAGAAUUCGUUCAACCAAACAGGUAUCAUUCCUAUGCUCCGAUACGAAUCAACGUCAUGGCUUCUUGGUUCGUCGACGGGUCGACGUACAUGUCAUCAGUGGCAGAUGCUCUGGAAAAUGCCAAAGAAGAAAUUUUUAUCACCGAUUGGUGGCUCAGUCCCGAAAUAUAUCUAAAGCGGCCAAUCAUUCAAGGCGAAUAUUGGCAGCUGAGGAGGAUAUUAGAACGGAAGGCGGAUCAAGGAGUUAAAAUUUACGUAUUACUUUACAAAGAAGUCGAAAUGGCUUUAGGUCUCAACAGUUUCUACAGUAAAUGGAAACUGACGGAAACGAGGCCCAACAUAAAAGUACUCAGACAUCCCGAUCACGCCAAAACCGGUAUUUUUCUUUGGGCGCAUCACGAGAAAAUGGUGGUAGUAGAUCAGACUUAUGCCUUCGUCGGAGGAAUUGAUCUUUGUUACGGACGAUGGGAUGACGACAAACACAGGUUAACAGAUUUGGGCAGCAUGACACCUUCCGUAGACGUCACGACUAUCAAGAAAAAGACAUCGAGUGUACCGACCGGUGAAACGAUUUAUCCGAUUCCAAUACCAUAUUACAUGCAAAAACACGACCUACAAGAAACGGAACCUAUUGAAGUGGAGGUGAAACCGACCUUACCUCAAUUAGAGCCAGGCGAUCAUUUGAUAAUACCUAGCAAACCUCCAGUUAAGAUGAACACGCCUGAACUAGAAAGAAAACAUCACAGUAACGUUAUUGACAGUUUAAAAAAUAAAGGGAAGGAACUAAUCCAUUUAGUUUAUACACCGCAUGAACAUGAGAUGUUACGUGAGUCCGAUUCCUCUAUGAAUGUGGGAAAUCACGACGUAAUUGACGGCAGAAAUUCGAAAGAAAUCGUCGACGAAUUAGAUGGAUCUGCCAAACUUUGGAUCGGUAAAGACUACGUCAACUUUAUCGUUAAAGAUUUUACUAAUUUGGAUUCACCGUUUGACGAUUUUAUCGACAGGAUGACUACGCCGAGGAUGCCUUGGCACGAUAUCGGUAUGUGCGUCUUCGGUGAUGCUGCUAGAGACGUUGCCAGGCAUUUUAUUCAGAGAUGGAAUGCUACCAAACUGGAAAAAGCCAAAAGCAACAACGCUUACAACUACCUAUUACCGAAGCAAUACGACGGCUACAAAACGUUACCCAUAGAAUUUCCUAACAAACAGCACAAAGUUUCGUGCCAGGUCCUUCGAAGCGUCAGCUGCUGGUCGGUUGGUUAUCUAGAACUCGAUAUGGUUGAACAAAGCAUCCACGAAGCGUACAUAGAUACUAUAACGAAGGCUCAACAUUAUGUUUACAUCGAGAACCAAUUUUUUAUUUCCUUGUCUCGCGAUAAUGGCUCGACGAAAAAUCAAAUAGGCGAAGCGUUGUUCAAGAGGAUUCUUAGAGCCCACAAAGCCAAAGAAGCUUUUCGAGUAUACGUAAUAAUGCCGUUGUUGCCAGGAUUUGAAGGAGAAGUUGGUGCUCCAUCCGGAACGUCGCUGCACGCUAUUACCCACUGGAAUUAUGCGUCGAUAUCUCAGGGAGACGACGCCAUUCUAAAAAGACUAGAAAAAGCUGGUAUCAAAGAUCCUUCGCAAUACAUCUCUUUCUAUGGUUUAAGAACGCAUUCCACAUUAAAUUCAGAACCAAUCACUGAAUUAAUAUACGUCCACUCGAAAUUGAUGAUAGUUGAUGAUAAAAAGGUCAUCUGUGGCUCAGCUAAUAUCAACGAUAGGUCACUUAUUGGUAAAAGAGAUUCAGAAGUGGCUGUCCUAAUAGAGGAUGAAACCUUCGAAGAUGGUAUGAUGAACGGAAAAUCUUUCCCUAGCGGAAAAUUCGCCGGUAGUCUUAGAAAAUACCUUUUUAGAGAACACCUUGGUCUACUUGAUAAAUCAACUAGCGAGCUUUUAAAUAUAGAUGUCACCGAUCCAGUUAUAGAUUCUUUUUAUAGAGAGGUUUGGUAUAAAACCGCCGAAUUGAACACCGAAUUCUACGAAAAAGUCUUCCAUUGUUUACCUAGCGAUAGUGUCGAGACGUUUGCUGAUUUAAGGAAGAAUCACGAGGAAAAACCGUUGUGGGUUGAUGAGUUUUCCAGAUCUGAUAAAAUGUUGGAAAGUAUACAGGGCCACAUUGUAUUAUUGCCUUUAAAUUUCCUCAAAAACGAGUACCUCCAACCAGCCGUUAGCUCUGCGGAGGGAUGGAUGCCCACGUCGCUGUGGACUUGA